AUGGAGAAGACUUUUCUUGAGUACUUUCCUGCUUCUGUUUAUAUUUGCAAAAGAUAUGAUAUUAUGAAUUUUAAGCAGAAGGAAGGAGAUUCGCUAGGUGAUGCUUAUAAGAGGUUCAAGAGGUUAUUAGUAGCCUAUCCCACUCACGAAAUGGGUCAAACUGAGCAAAUACGAAUGUUUGUAAAUCGCCUCAGAAUGAAGACAAAGCAGCUUAUAGAUACAGCUGUCGGUGGCUCAUCCAACUUUAUAACAACCACUGGUGUGAAGAAGAUUAUUGAAGUCAUUGAUGCAAAUGAGCAUUUAGAGCUAUCUGACAGAGUUGUAAGCAAACCAGGGGGAGUGAUUGAUUUGAAGUUGGAAGUGAAUAAGCAACUAAAAAUUGAAGAGGCUAUUACUGUAGAUAUGGAGAAGAAGCUGAAAGCAAUGAACAUGGGUACUCAACAUGUAGCCCAAGUUCAACAGGUACAGAAGGUUGCUUGUGAAAUUUAUAGUGGACCGCACCUUACUGUGCAAUGUCUUGCAACUCCACAACAAAUUGAGGAGAUAAAAUUCUUGAGGCAAAAUAACUCAUAUUCUAACACAUAUAAUCCUGGGUGGAAGAAUCAUCCUAACUUCUCUUGGACAGAUCAGCAGCAACAAGCUCCUCAGAAGGCAGAGUGGGAGGUGGUUAUUGAAAAGAUUGCUGCUCACACUUCUCAAUUUCAAGAAGAGACAAGGAGUAAUUACAGGAAUACCACAGCUGCAAUAGAAAAUUUGGAAGUUCAAAUGGGACAGAUUGCACAACAGGUAGCGCUGCGAGCACAAGAAAGUCAGAAAAGUCAUGAGAAUGUUGAAUGUUGUCAAAACAAGGAGUGA